AUGAGGCUUUUGUUUGACCUCAGCUCUGAGCACGCGUGUCCGGGAGAGGAGGGGCGUAUGAAGGGGGCGGGGCGAGGGUCAGGAGGUAUGUGUGAAGGUGACAGCAAGCUGGUGAAGGUGAAAGACAUUAUUGAUGAAAGACCCAGCAGACAGGUCCUCGAGUGCCACCCUCAAGGUCCUGGGUCUGAUAGUGUCAUGUCUUCUGUCUGUAGCCCAAUGGUGACACCAGACUACGGACUGGCUACAGGGACGCGGCCACCACCAGGGGGCCCUGACAGCUUGAGGGACUCUGUCAACGUGUACCUCCUGUCACGUGAGGAGCUGCGUGAGGAGGGCGGUUCAGGAGGGGGAGAGGACCCCCCAGGGAGGAGAGGAGCCCCCCCUAACAAGAGGAAGCGACGCCACCGCACCAUCUUCACCGAGGACCAACUCCGCCAGCUGGAGGUCACCUUCCAGCACACCCACUACCCUGAUGUCCUCCUCAGGGAACAGCUCGCCCUCAAGGUCGACCUGAUGGAGGAGAGAGUCGAGGUGUGGUUUAAGAAUCGUCGAGCCAAGUGGAGGAAACAAAAGAGGGAAACACAAGAAAAAUCCCUCGACGAGAUCAGUAUUCUUCAGAGCAACUCACAAGGUGGUGUGCUCGCUCCCAGCAUUUUGGAGGUUGACCAACCAAUCAACCUAAAGCCUUCUGAGACUGACCCACAGAUUACUCUAAGGUCCCCUGAAGUUGACACACAUAUAAGAAAGCCGAAAUCCAAGACUAGCAAGUUAACUCGCCAGCACUGUGAAGUCAAUCAUCCGAGUCAUCAGAUCACAAUAAAUACCAUUUCACUGGGACUGACAACAAAGGAGACCCAACAAGACACAAGACACAAGAAAGACAGAACCAACGCUGGGAUCAAGCAAGUGCUGAACGUCAGGCGGGGAAGUAAACAAGAUGGACGGGAACGGAUCUUGAAAACUGAAACAAAAUCUAAAACCGUGAAUGGAAAGCAGCAACAAAUGUCACAAACUAAGGGCAAUCAGAGAACGACACACACUAAAGAAGAUGUAUUGAAAAAGGGUAUAAGGAAUUUGGUGGAAGACGCUGUGACUCACAAGAAACAACCGUCACCCUGGAGGUUGAGAGUAAGUGAUCCUCGAGUCAGGCAGGAAAAAACAUUGGGUAACAAAGCCAAGAGUGUCUACAUGCACGACAACCUUAACCAAGUUAGCUUGAGUUAGAGUUCUUUAAACAGUAGUUUGAGGUCUGGCUGUGUAACAUAAACUGGGGUGGCCAGAGGAAGUGAAACACCAGCACUAACUCACACAACUGCAGACAGGACAAAUGACCCAGCUGCUGAAGGGCAGUCAGUUCAGUUGACUCGGGCAUUGAGCGAUAAUACUGAAUAGCAGUAAAGUCAGUUAACUGGGUGCUGAAUUACUAUUAGUUGGCUCAGCCUAUGAAGGGUAACUUAGUGCUGGGGGUUUAGUUGACCUACAAUAACAUAAUAAUGAAGUUGCUGUAUGUUGUUGAUGGCUGUAGUUUUUAUAAUGUAGUUUCAGUGAAUAAGAAUUUCUCUUGGUAAGACAAAAGAGCUCUAGUUAUUACACACAGGUCUACAAUACUAUUUAGUGUUUAAAGAGCACUAUAGUACAGUAGUCCAACUUUAGUCAGUGUUUAUCAACUUAUAAAAUGUUUAGAAAUAAUUAGUUUUGAACAUUUAAAAAAAAUGAGUUAAGUGAUACUGUACAGGAUAUUAUCUAGUCAGUGUGAGCUUGUGUAUUGUUCAGACUUUAGAAUGUUAGCUAAAGUGCAUUGACCUUCAUAGUGUUAGACUAGUCAUCCCAUAUUACACUGAUGUUCAUGAACGCCACUAGAGGAGGGAGGUGGGUUAGUGUCUAGUGUUGUUUUUAUAACUUUACGGAGUGGAAAAGGACAUAAGGCGUUGUUGAUAGCUCACCUUGACGCUGGGCAAUUCCAGGAACUAGUGAAGUGUGUGUGAUUUUAGUGAAUUAUUAUAGAAUUAUAUUGUGUGCACAACCUCACACCUUAACAAUAAUUUCAGUACAUUUAAGCUAUUUUUCCUUGUACAUUAACCUAAAUCGACAAAGUUUAGUAUGUAUACCAUAUAUAACAUUGGUUCAUGAGCGGGUACAGAAACCUAAGUAGGGAAACCAACAAGUCGAAAUGUUUUUAAAUACUGUAAUGAGUCACGGAAAUUCUCACAUCAAUUAACAACAUGGGAAUCCCAGCAAAUGGGAUAAAUGUUAUGACCCACAAAAACCACUUGAAUGUCCGUAAGUCUAUCUUUAUAUUUUGAACACCUGCAAAUGGAUGAGAGUGAGUGUGUACCUAGAUACACUCAACAACUGAAGACAGCACAAUGCUCCCUACAGCUACUGAUACCUCUUAUUAUUUGCCCCACUUAGAGAACUGACUCGGUAAUAUUAACUGUUUUCCCCGCUGUGUUGUAGAGUCUUCACAUAACAUGGGUCCUUGAGCUACAUCAUGAAUUUAAUAAAAAGUUAC